CCGAUUUCCGCGUACCUGGGCGCAGACGCCAACAGACGCACACGAACUCUGCAGUUGAUCCCGUAUUGAUCGACAUGCUAUGGAACCUUGCGGGAAGCAGGUCGGUCAGCCUGGUACUCGCGUCGGUGCCAUAUACCAGCGAGGUAUGCCACGACAUUGUGUGGUGGUAGGGUGCAGGAUGUGACUGCCCCGAAUGCAUCGAUGCAGAAUACUGCGGACAGCAUCAACGGGUCGUGUUGUUUUUGCUUUCCGAGGUCUGUGGUGACUCUGGUGACCGAUGGGUGAUUGUGUCUAUACUGCUGUUAAUUCAAAGAGUGGACUGUGUAGAUCGCGCGUCGUCGUUGCGGUGGUCGAUAUGUUGGUUCCUAAACGUGAUCGGUGCGAGUGACGAGUACAUCGCAUCGCAUUCACGAGGUGCAUGUCUACCUCCGUCUAUUGAAUGGUAGCAGGAGAUAAUACGGUCAGGGGACCCAUUGAUGCAUGCAAUCUACAGCUGCAUUAUUUCGCCCGCGGACCAUGCCAUCGCCAUCCGAAGCACGAGUAGCAAUGCCUACUACACCAGAAAAGCCAACCAAGCAAUCGCGCUGGACCAGAUUCACAGAUGCAUCGACGAUACUAGCAAAAUGUGUCGCAGUUGCGGAACCAGAGGUAGUGCAGGUAACCCAGAUCGACCCCUCAGGCGAGACACUGCACCUCGACAAGUGGCACAUGAUGCCUACGUACCGCCUGAAGCUCACAUUAUGGCAUCGCGAUCGACUGUGCGGCGAGCCCGGGAAGCUCAAGAGGAAGGAGGUGCAAUUUAAGAGAGACCACGCAGACCCAGAGACCGCUAACGCAGCCGCGCUUCGACUUGCGAUAUCCUUCCGCGGCGAGGACGAGUGGGUGAUGUUAGUGUCUCGGCAAGAAGGCGAGGACGAUCGUCUUAAUCAUUAUGCAGUCGGUGUUUGGGACUGGGAGAAGCUGCUCGGCACGAGAUACCCGUGCAUGUGGAAGCUCAAGCUGAACUGGGAGAAGAACCGACUGCAUAGCCACAAGGAAGGGGACUUGACUGCGUACGUUGAGGUCGUUCGGGCAUGGCAGACUCCCAUGGUACCCGCGAGACAAAGUCUGAAGGUCGAGGGCUUGCAGCAUGCCGAUAAGCAUGGGUAUCCGCCGCCAGGGCAUCCGGUCCUGGCUCCGUAUCGGUUCGGCAGGUAUGUGAUGCAGGUGCGUAACGAUAGGGCGUGGCAGCGUCUUAUCACCACAACGCCCUUGCAUCCAAUCCGGGGAAACACUGCUGAAGUAGAGAUGCUCCGAGAGCCAAGGCAGAUUGGUGAGCCUAAUACACACGACCACCUCGCUGCGGAUGCAUGGCAGUCGCAGAAUAUUGACAAUACCAUUGCUGGACUGGAGAGUAAUAUCAGACAGCUUCGACGACUGAAACGACGACCACGAAACCUGCAGGCACGCUUUGUUCCUGAGGACACUGAGGAGGAGCGUCAGAGUCUAAUUGAAAGACCAGCAGACUUCGACUGGCAUCUGACUAAGAAGUGGGUCAUCGCGAAAGACAUCGCAACGCUCGAAAAGAGGGUACAACGUUUGAACAGCCUAAAGCCAACUGGCCGUACAGCAGCCAUCAUGAGAUCCGGUUGCAUAACACUGUAUACCUGCACGACGAGCCCGUUGUUAUCCUUGUUCUGCGCUCUGGCUGCAGUCGCGCAAAGUCUGAGUCGAUGCGUGUUCCGACUCGAAUACCGCAAGCCGAACAAAACGCCAGUAUCGCCGCAGGGAAGCCAGGAAAAGUCCUUGCCCAAGGAGAGCUGUCCAGAUGCGAACACUUGCAUGUGUACCGCUCAUCGUUGGAGGCGAAGCAACUUUCCUGACCACGACCCGCUGCCGAUCGUGGACAAGUGCGACGAUUAUACGGAUCCAAACAUGUAUGCUAAGACGCCUGUGUGGGCUCGCGACCGUCUGUACAAAGCGCGGCAUGUUCAGCACUUCGUGCCCGAGAAGAAGAAAAACCCAGAGCCAACGACGUUCUGUGAGUAUGUUCGCCGCGAGCUCGAAAUCAACCGGCCCAUCCCGCGUGAAGCCUAUGUCAGGUUCCGUGUCAUGACUAAGCAAGACUGUGUAAACCGGUGGGGCAGGAACUGGGAGUCAGGCUCUCAGGAAGUCGAGAAGGAAUUUGACAAGAAGCGAAACGUGAUGAAGCGAGUGAGCAAGACAGAGCCAGCUACGCUUCCGAGCAGUCGAGACGCGUAUCCGUGGAGUGAGCUGGACGGCUACCCAGGUUGCUUGCGUGAACACGAGAUGCCGCCUCUGCAUGACUGGAGGAGAAGGCAAUUUGAAGUGACAACAGCGGUCGUGAUGACCAUGGCAAUGUGCAGCGUCGUUAGUGAUGCCGAGAGAACCACGCUGAGGGCUGCUGGUUUGAUUGUUCUGAUGUUGUUGUGCUGAAUGGGAUGUAAGCUGUGUGAUUGGAUGUAAGCUGUGUGAUUGGAUGUAAGUCAUGUGUGAUUGGAUGUAAGCCAUGCGUGAUUGCAUGUAAGCCACGUGUGAUUGCAUGUAAGCCAUGUGUGAUUAGGCUAGUCAAUGAAUCGCUCUUAUCAGAAUAACACUCUGCGUCGUUGAGAG